AUGAUAGUGGAGAUCACCCUGCUGUUAUUGUUGAUACUCAUCGCAGCUCCUUUGGUGGGUGAAGAAGAUCGAGUGAGGUGCGAAUGUGAUUGUUCAUGUAGUAGAAAAUAUCAUUUGAAUUCGAGUUACCCAGAAGUACUAGAUGAUGGGAAUGAUGGGAUUUCAGAGAAUAAAUCGCGACAACGACUUGAAGACAAGGACAGUCAAGCAGGAACAGAAGGAGGACAUGAACAAGAACCUAUUUAUGUAGGUGGUGGUGGUGGUGGUUUUGAAGGUGAAGGGUGGAAUGACCGAUCAAAGCCUUACUCGGAAAGAUCGUUAAACGCUGGUAACAGGAAAGAUCAUUCGAACCGACCCAGACCCCCUCAUUUGGACCGUUCGGUUCCGGAUCGAAAAUCACCAUAUAUUGUCACCAAUAGCAGCAGAAAGCGAAAAGAUAAUUAUUGGUGUGCACCUUGUCAGAGAUAUUUCGUCGAUUCACUCGCCCUUCAGCAGCAUCAGGUCGCGCUUCAUUCAGCAACUACCACCAUCAUGUCUUCAUCAUCAAGAAAUCAAGUCCCUCGGAAUGGAAGAUCGUUGAUCCCAGAGGUCAACCACUCUGUCGUCGUCUGCGAAGUAUGUUCAGAAGAACUCCCUAAUGUCACCGCUUUAGAUAUGCAUAAAGUCAGUCUUCAUCCUUGGUCGAUCUUCUGUCCAGAAUGCUUGAUCCGAUUCCGACAUGCUCAAGAAGCCCACUUUCACUAUCGACAGAUCCACCAUGCAAAAUCGGCUAAUCCCCUUCACAUUGAUACAAUGUUAGGACUUAUCAAAGGGAAUCAUCUGAUUCAUCCGUCCCUUCGAACACUUCCCUUGACUCUUCAACAAUAUCGGCCGCAUCACACAGUACAGACCUUCCCUACCCAUACUAUCCAAAAUUACUACGAGUGUGAGGAAUGUAACAUGGUUUUUGGACAACCUCAGGAACUAGAAGCGCACAAAGCUACCCCUUUGGUACACGGUGGCAGGAUAUACGAAGCAGAUGAUUUUCCACCUCUUGGUUCGACCGCCAAACCUUCGCCUUCACCUUCACCUUCCGUCACUGACCCGUCUCCAGAUGCUCUUGCUGUGGAAGCAAACCUUACGGUAUGGGGCAUGCCGAGCUUCACCCUGGAUGAGAAGAAGUCAAAUACAAUGAAAGAAGAAGUUUGGACACCACAGGCUAGACUUACACCUGAGCCUGAUUCUUCCCAUGAUACCGCUUCUUCAAGCGAAGAUGGCAAGUCCACCGACGAUGUGCUGGAAGAUCAGAAGGCCGAGCGAGUGUCGUCUGAAACGAAUUACAACAUGGAAGUAGUUGAUGCGGACAGGGCGGAUCUAGUGAGAUCGGUCUUGGCUUCUAAAGAGUUAUCUAACAGUGAUACUGCGAGCUCCAAUUUGAAGGAAGAAGAAAAGAGUCAAUCCGAUAACAAUGAAAUUACUGGUACCAUCAAGCCAAUCGAACCGAACUCAGGCCCCGGAGAAGCAAACCCACUUGGACCAGCCGAAGACAGCACGAAUUUCGCCGAAGCUAUCGUUACAGACGAUACAAGUCAAGUGCAGGAAUUCAACAAAAUCACUUCUCAAGUGGAACUUACACCCUAUGCCAAAGCUGCACUUGCAUCGGCUCACAAGAUCAGCGAGUAUCCGCCGCCUGAAAUGGAUGAUGAGGAUAACGAGAAAUAUGAAAAUGAUUCACCGGAAGUAAUUGGUGGGAUCGAAUGUCAUGUACCCUCAUUCGCUCUAACUGUCUCGCCGCAGAAAAAAACGACUUCAUUCGGUUCACCACCGCUUUCACUCGAUUCUACGCCACCUCUGACCCUCUCAGGAGACAGUUCAAGCUCCUUGAAUGGAAGCCUGGUACUUGAGGAAGAGGAUGAUGCAUGGGCAGCGUCCCAAGAGGUAUACACCAACGCGCAUUCGCAUAAUCGACAGACCUUCUCCUUGGAUUUAUGCGCGACGAACAAUGGGAACAGACCGAAACCGAAGUCGUAUUCGGAAAGCGGUAGUAGCAGUAAUGGAUCAAGACAAUCUAGAAACAGGAACAGAAGAAGUGAAAGAAGCUGUAAUACCAGAAGAGAAACUUACCUUACACCUUCUCAAAGGGAAGUUUACGGUUACGGUUUCAGCAGGAACGAAAGAAGAGAUUCAAGUUCAUCUUCAUCCAGAUCCAAAGCUCCACCUCAGGCACCCCUCCAACCUAUGUUCGAGAGUGAAUGGUCAACUAUCACGCCGAUGUCUUCAGGUAAUAGGAGCAUGGGAGGUAGGAUCAUAAGGGGAAGUCCAUGGGAGGCCAGUAGAAGGGAAGCGGAGGAGAGGAAUAGGCUAGUCAGUGCUGGUGGAAGUGAAGAGGAUAUGUAUGGAGGUUGGUGA